AUGCUCAACACCGGUGCAGGGGUCAGCAAGCGACGCAGCGCCACGAGGCCGCAGGAGCGUCAACGUGCCGUACGCGCCUGCAUCGAAUGUCGCCGUCUGAAGGAGAAAUGUGAGGAAGGCAUACCCUGCCGACGCUGUCGAGAUCUGAAUCGGCACUGCGAGUACAGCGCUACGAUACCCCCGUCAGAUAGGGCAAAAGCCUCACAGAUCGAACGAGUGGGCACCCUGCUGGAGCGCUCACGGUAUAUGGAGGCGGUCCUCAAGCAACAUCUACCGUCCCUUUCAUUAGAUACGGAGAGUCUUAGGCAAGUCGCAGAGGGCCUGACGGUUCCCGCAUGCCAUCUCGGUACGGCCUGUAUCCAGGAGGAGGAGGAGCAGCCCGCCGCGGGGGCGGAGAAAGAGGCCUCACCUCUCGUGGAGAGCCCGCUGGAUGAGGUCUGCACGAUUGAUGUCAUGGACGAUGUUGUGGCCCAUUAUUCGGGGGAGCUCUCUCAUUGGAACUUUAGCAUGCGGGUCAAACGAAAUCUUGAUACCAUCAUGGCCACCUCCCAAGUCCCACGGCUCGACAGGGAGGAGACAGUUCCCGAGUUCAUCCGUGUGGCCGAGCCGCUGCCGGGCGCUACGCCCAUAACGGACCUCCUUCACGAGCUCCCGCCACAGCCCGUCGCCAACUUCCUGGUGCACGUCUUCUUUGCUCACGCGACCGGCUUUUACUUCUUCCUAGAUCAGAAGUGGGUCAUGGCUACACUCAAAGGCCUGUAUAGCGAUCCCUCUCGACGCUGCUCCAGACAUGCCGUGCCCGCCUGCACCGUCAUCAUGGUCUUGGCCGUCGGGGCGCAGUAUGCCCACCUAGAAUCGCCCGGCCGGGCAGAGGAAGGGCCAGUCGUCGACCGGCCCGACAAGAUGAGCUGGGAGCUCGAGUUUGGAUCGACCCUGUACAUUCAGGUCACUCGCCAUCUCGCCGAGAUGAUCCACUCGGGCUCUCUAAUCUCUGUGCAGGCCUGUCUCCUUCUCGGGCUGUACUGCCUGCCCAUCGAUGCGUCCGGGCUGGGGUACGUCUACCUGAAUCUUGCCAUAAAGCUGGCCAUCCAGAAUGGGAUGCACCGAAAACCCGUGACGCAGGUUCUAGAUGCGCUGAAAGAAGAGGCACGGUGUCGUCUAUGGUGGACGGUAUACUGCCUCGAGAGGAAGAUAGGCAUGUUCCAUGGGCGCCCGCCCGCCAUCUCACGGUCCGACUUCGACGCCAACCUUCCUAUAGAGAGCCCCGCGUUCUCAUCUCUUAGCGGGUCGGCAAACGUGGCGUAUCUUGUAGACGCCAUAGAACGAACAGCAUACCUCGAGAGCUUUCAGCACGAUCUGCUGCUUCUGCGGAAUUGCCAGCUACCCGACACAGCAGGGGUGCUUGACCACCUCAAGAAGACCAAGGGUGACUGCACCCGAUGGUGGAGAUCUCGAAGGGGCGGCAGGUCAGAAACCACCGCGGAACCGUCGCGGGUAAUGCUUCACGCACAGCUUGAGCACUGCCUUCUGGAAAUGUUUGUGGGUCGACCCUUUAUACUGACGGAGAAGACGACGCCGACGCCGCCCUCUAGCAGACUGGAGGAAGGGGGAGGGGAGGAACGGCCGUGGUCACUUCUCAUCCGAGAUUGUGUAGUGGCAGCCGAGGAGGCGCUAGAUAUAUGCGAAGCGAUGCGUACAGGGCCUAUCGGGCUCACGAGGUCUGCUUACAUCGAGUAUAGUGCGUGCCGGGCGUCACUUCUGGUGUUGCUGGCGUACAGCAUCCGAGAGCGCACAAACGCAAAGCACGGCGCGCUGCGGCGCGGGCUCAAUGCCAUCAGAGCCAUGGCAUACGCCGGUGACUCUGCGCGAUCCGAGGUCCAGCUCAUCGAGACACUCGAGGCCGCCCUAGAGCAUAUCAACACCUUCCAGUCGCCAACUACGACGCAUCUCGCCGAUGGAAAGCCGGCCACGGCCGAUGCGGCCGUGGUCGAGGGCGGGUACGAGGGAUUUAUGAAUUGGUGCCGCCAUAACCGCACCAUUCCGGCAGACGGCUCCCCAGAUCAUACCGCUAGGAACCAUCAGCAUUUCCAUCCUGCCACCGACGACGACGAUGAGCCCUUCUUCGGGCAGACCUUCCCGCAUCUAGACCAGGUUUCGGCUCUGUUUGACACGGUUUACGGCGACAGCGGGAACUCCGGUGGGAGCCUUGCUAACAGCCUGGGAUUGGUCCCAGACCACUGCUGCCUCUGA